AAUGGGCGUGGUGCAAUCUGCGCCCAACACGCCGGCCGAUGCGGCUACUGAUCGGUGGACGGCCGGUGACCCUUUGGUUUUGGCUCCUGCUAAGGUCGACGAAAAGGAAUUGGAAAAGAAGAAGAAAGAGGAGGAAGAAGCAUUCGCUGAAAGAACUACUAGAACGCACGUUAUUGCUCUUUGUAGGGCCAAUAAUAAAUUUGGAAUUACAGUAUUGCAAGCUAUGCUAUCAAAGAGACAGGGCAAUGUCAUUUUUUCACCUUUAGAUCUAGCCGUUGGCUUAGGAAAAUUAUGUAUCGGUUCCGAUUCGACGACCCGGGAAGAAUUUCGCAAAGCCCUUUUCCUGGCUGAAGUUGAACCUAAGCACAGACUACCGGCAUUUGCUGCCGUGUAUUGGGAUACUUUGAGGACUACUGCACCGAAAGGUUGCGAAAUUCAGGCUGCGUCGCGCGUCUUCGUCCAAAAGGAAUUCCAAAUGGCUACGGCCUAUAGGGAGACGUGUACGAAAUACGAAAUGGCCCAGGUAAAGUAUGUCGAUUUCAAGCGUGCAGAUUCGACUAGAGCGGAAAUUAAUGAGUACGUUGCUGAAAAGACGCUCAGAAAAAUAACCAACGUCCUACCAGUGGGCCUACUAGACCAAGAAAUAAAAAUGUUAAUCGUAGCAGCCAUUUACAUCCGUUCCAAAUGGAAUUUACCAUUCGAGAUAUCAAAAACCUAUACGGCCAAAUUUUCAACUGGUGGCCGUGAGAAGAUAGACGUAAAUAUGAUGAAUACAGUAAGCGUUUUCCGAGCUGGCUACACGACAAAAUUGGACGCCGAUGUCGUUGAAAUUCCAUGGGCAAUCGAUCACGUUCGCAUGGUUAUCCUACUACCCAGAAAGCCCGAUCAACUGCCUAGAUUAGAAGCAAAAUUAACUAGGUCUAUGCUCGAGAAUCUCGAAGGUCAAUUACAUCCUGAAUUACUAGACUUACAUAUUCCAAGAAUCAGGUACGAAUUAGGCUUUAACGCAAACGAACCAAUUCAAAAAGCCGGCAUAAAAGACUUGUUCGUAGCUGGUAAAGCUGAUUUAAGCCUAAUGGACGGUGGUAAAGGUUUAUACCUAACUAAAAUCUUCCACCAUAUUUGCCUAAUCGUCGACGAGGGACAAGAAGAUAAGACUGUUUCAACGCCUACGUUUGGUCGAAGUUCUUCUGUUGGUUCCUCAGCUCCUGCAUCAAGCGCCGAAAGGGUCUUCAAAGUUGAUCGCCCUUUCAUCUUCCUUGUAAGAGACUACCGAACGCGCGCUAUAAUAGUUCUUGGAAGGGUAGUUAGGCCUAAUACUUGA